UCCAAGACUACUGGCCCGACUUUCUGUGUUGUUGAAGGAGCUCCUGCAAGCAACAAUCACCAUUUACAUCAUGACACAAAACAAAGAACCAGUAAAUCAAGGAAAAUCAGAACAUGAUGAGCAAAGGGUUGAAAGCCUAGCAAGUAGUGGCAUUGAGUCCAUCCCUAAGGAGUACGUGAGGCUUAACGAGGAGUUAACCUCAAUGGGUAACGUUUUCGAGGAGGAAAAGAAAGAAGAGGGGUCUCAAGUACCAACAAUAGACAUUAAGGACAUCGCGUCUGAAGAUCCAGAGGUACGAGGCAAGGCAAUCCAAGAGCUCAAAAGGGCUGCCAUGGAAUGGGGUGUAAUGCACCUUGUCAAUCAUGGCAUCUCUGAUGAGCUAAUUGACCGGGUUAAGGUGGCCGGACAGACAUUUUUCGAGCUUCCGGUUGAAGAGAAGGAGAAAUAUGCAAAUGAUCAAGCAUCAGGGAAUGUACAAGGGUAUGGAAGUAAGCUAGCAAAUAGUGCUAGUGGGAGACUUGAGUGGGAGGACUACUAUUUUCACCUUAGUUACCCUGAGGAUAAAAGAGACUUGUCUAUUUGGCCAGAGACUCCUGCUGACUACAUUCCUGCGGUAUCAGAGUAUUCCAAAGAACUAAGAUACUUAGCAACUAAGAUCCUCUCGGCAUUGUCACUUGCAUUAGGGUUGGAAGAGGGGAGGCUAGAGAAGGAAGUAGGAGGCUUAGAAGAGCUCCUCCUACAAUUCAAGAUCAACUACUACCCAAAAUGCCCUCAACCAGAGCUAGCCCUAGGAGUUGAGGCUCACACCGAUGUAAGUGCCCUAACUUUCAUCCUCCACAACAUGGUUCCUGGCCUUCAGCUCUUCUAUGAGGGCAAAUGGGUCACAGCAAAAUGUGUCCCUAACUCUAUCAUCAUGCACAUUGGUGACACUAUUGAGAUCCUUAGCAAUGGAAAGUACAAAAGUAUCCUUCAUAGAGGACUAGUUAAUAAGGAGAAGGUGAGGAUUUCUUGGGCAGUUUUCUGUGAACCACCUAAGGAGAAGAUCAUCCUUAAGCCCUUGCCUGACCUUGUGAGCGACGAGGAGCCUGCUCGUUAUCCACCUCGAACCUUUGCCCAACAUGUUCAAUACAAGCUCUUCAGGAAGACUCAAGGUCCACAAACAACAAUCACAAAAAAUUAAGUACAUCAUUGUAUGAGAAGAAAUCUAAUUAAGGAUGUCUUUCACACUCUUUGUGAUGGAUGUUUUUAAUUGAUUAAUUAUUAUUUCUAUCCUAAGCAUGUAUCCCAUGAUUAUGCCUAUGAAGUUAUAGUUGUAUUUGAUAAA